AUGUCUGUUCUCCGUCAAGCCUUCUACACGACGACGCGCUCUGCGGUCGCGAAUUCCUCGAGGACCAUCCACACGUCGCCCGUGUCGCGCAAAAGCGUCACUGAAAAAGUCGCGGACGUCGCGGACAAGGUCAACAAGAAGGUUGGUCAGGGCUUAGCGUCUGCUAUAGAGAAGGGAGAAGAUGUGUCGGCGAAGACGAAAGAGACGAUGGGCACGGCCAAGGAGAAGGCAUCUGAAGCGUCCACCACUGCGAGCCAAAAGGCCAAUCAGGCUACGGCAGGUGCCAAAGAAGGAGCUCACGACCUCAAGCGUGAUGUCGAGAAGGAGGUUCGCCGGUAA